UUAAAAUUUAUUUAAUCAUUAUAUGUACUUUCUUGGAAUUUUUAUCGAAAAUAUGAGAUAAGUUCUCACACAAAAAAUAUCUUGUCCUAUUUGUUCAUUUCAUCACUGUUGAUAAUUAUAAAUAUAGUCACUUUCGCCUCCUAUUCACAUCAAUUCUUUUCACUCUUGAGAGAGAAUAUCAAUUGUUAGAAUGGUUUCCGACAAUCAAUUUCGUAGGAUUCCUAGUCAUGGCUCCAAACGGAAUCUUGGUCUUACAAAACAAGCAUCAAACAGUGGCCUUAAAUAUGUGAUUAACACUCUAAGGAUGAAUGCUAAUGAUUCCUUCCUCAUGGAAUCUUUCAUUCGAGGGGUGGUAAGAGAUGUGGUGGAAAGAAAAGUCCAAGAGCGUGUUUUUUCAAGAGAAAAAACUAAUGAAGGUGGAAAAUCUGGAGUUAGAUCCUUAGAGAUAUGUUUUAUUAAUGAUGAUAAGUUGCCAGAUACGACUUUUACUAAAACUAAUAUAAUUCCAAAAGAUGAACCACUUCAAGUUGCACUAUUUGAUGUUAGAUCUAAGUCAAUAGUCAACGAGGGUCCUUUUUCUUCAAUGAAGAUAGAGAUUUGUCCCAUCCAGGGUGAGUUUGAAUCUUGUGAGGAUGAUGAUUGGAGUGAAAGUGAAUUCAAUGAUAAUAUCUUGCAUGAAAGAGAGAAUAAAGAACCAUUGUUGGUUGGAGAUAGGGUUGUUACUCUUAAAAAUGGAGUUGGUUCUAUUUCUGAAAUCAUGUUCAAUGAUAAUUCUAGAUGGGCAAGAAAGAAAAAGUUCAGUUUAGGAGCAAAAGCUAUGAAAAAUGGAGAGAAUAUUAAGGAAGGUAGAAGUCGAGCUUUUAGGGUCAAAGAUGUCAGAGGAGAAGCUUACAAGAAACACUAUCCUCCAUUGUUGAUGGAUGAGGUGUGGCGUUUGGAGAAAAUUGCUGAAAAUGGAAAAUUCCGCGACAGACUCAAUAGCAACGGAGUUCAUACUGUGAAGGAUCUGUUGAGGUUACUCAUAAUCAAUGAAUCUUCAUUGCAUAAGAAAUUUGGCAAAAUUCAGAAGAAAUGUUGGUCAGCGAUUAUCGAACAUGCCCGGUCGUGUGUUGUAGAUGAGUACAUGCUUUACAGCUAUGAGAUAAUUGGAGAACCAAUAAUGCUGUUGUUCAAUGUCAUCUAUGAACUUGUUGGUGUCACAUUUGAUAAACAAAAGUUUUAUUUACCAGAUGAUCUCACAUUCACACCUAGCCAGAAGAAUUGGGUAGAAAUUGUGAAGCAAGACGCAUACAAAAACAUUGAAAAUUUAAAAGCAAUUGAUGAGGGUCUAUUGAACUGCAUCACCUUAGAAGCACGUAUAAAAUCAACACAAGAACAAGAUCUGCAACAUAUUGAUAUCUCUGCAGCGAAUGUUAAUGAUGGGAUGCAAAAUGUUGAAAUCAAUGUUGAUCCGGUGGCAGACAUAAGAGAAAUACCAGAAAACAAUUAUGGUCAUUCAACAUAUGCAAUUUCUGAGCCAGAUUAUGAUGUUUCAUUUGAUAAUUUUGAUGGAGCUGAGUUUAGCACUUUUGUUGAUUUACGGAAUUUUGGUAUGGAUGUAUCAAACAUUGAGAAACCAAAAGCAGUGUGGUGUAAGAUUCGUGCUGUUGUGAAAUGGGGAAUAUCAGUGAGAAGAGUUGUAGCUGCCAAGAGGAAUGAACCUUUGUCUAUUUAUAAGGUUUAUGAUAUCAGUUCUAUUUUCUAAAGUUUAUGUUGUUCAAUUUCAAUUAGAGUGAAGAGACGUGUGUAAGAUCAUAAGAGUCCUCCUGUCUAAUAUUAUACAUAAGUGUGUAAGAUAAGAGUCUGUAAAAUAGUGUUAUACAUAAGGGUCUAUCAUCAUUCAAAUUUACUUUGUUUAUGUAAUAUUGAACAAACACAUAUCAAUGUGAUAUUAUUUUUUAAUUGUUUAAACUCAAGUGGAGUCUUGUGUA